ACAGAAAAGCAACGGAAACCCUAAUCUUGCUCUGUCGAAUCGGAGACCUAUAUCUUUACAGAUUUCUGUCGUGUAAACGGAACGAAGUAGCUCAUAAUUCCUGCUCGCGAGCCUUCAGCUCUGGUCUCUUUACUUCAGUGCAGUUGUGAAGAAAUCUGAUUAAGCAAACGUGAUCAUUGAACUGUAUCUCCCAUAACAGAAAUGAGUGGUCGUUCUGCCCGUACAAUUUAUGUUGGGAACCUUCCUUCUGAUAUUCGAGAAUGGGAAAUUGAAGAUAUAUUUUACAAGUAUGGUCGUAUAGUGGAUAUUGAAUUGAAGAUCCCACCUCGCCCUCCAGGUUAUUGUUUUGUGGAGUUUGAGAAUGCUCGGGAUGCUGAAGAUGCUAUCAGGGGUCGGGAUGGCUAUAACUUUGAUGGUCAUCGAUUAAGGGUUGAGCUUGCCCAUGGUGGGAGAGGGCAGUUAUCGUCAAUUGAUCGGCGUGGUGGUAAUGGCGGUGGUGGUGGACGACUUGGGGGUGUUUCACGCCGUUCUGAAUAUCGAGUUGUUGUUCGUGGACUGCCCUCUUCUGCUUCAUGGCAAGAUUUAAAGGAUCACAUGCGUAAGGCUGGCGAGGUGUGUUUUGCCCAAGUUUUCCGUGAUGGUGAUGGAACCAUGGGUCUUGUAGACUAUACUAACUCUGAAGACAUGAAAUAUGCUAUUCGUAAACUUGACGACACUGAAUUUAAAAACCCAUUUUCAAGGGCUUAUAUUCGGGUGAAGAGUUAUGAGGGCAGCCCAUCUAGGAGUCGAAGUAGGAGUUGCAGUAAAAGCAGAAGUGUGAGAAGGGAUCGGAGCAAAUCUUUGGAUCGAUCUGUCUCGAGAUCACCAUCAAAAUCUAGGUCCCUAUCUCCUGCCAGAUUGCCCAGGUCAAGGUCCAGAUCUAGGUCAGGCUCACCACGCCAGGCUCGAUCAGUAAGUGCUUGAACAGUACAAAGUGGGGUCAAAAUGUUUCUGGUGGCUAUUAUGAAGGAGAGAUGCAAGAAAAUUACAGUGGUAUCUGUGGGUCUGGUAGCAGUGGUAUGAAUGUGAUUGCCUUCCCUCUUGACUAUUAUGGGAAAAAAUUCAGUAGAGAAUUGUC